AUGGCCUACCGAGAACGGGACGACUAUCGUCGGUCCGCCGUCGAGUUUGACGACAUCCGCGCUCGCACCGUUACCCGCAGCCCCGCGCCGCCCAGAGCUCGCCGCGGGGAGUUUGACGAGUUUGACGUGCGCAUCCGCGAGCGAGAUGGCGACCUGCCGGAUUUCCUGAGGGGAGCUCGAAGGCCCGAGGCUGGCCCAAUGGUCCUGCGCCCGCGCGAGGAUCCCUACGAGCAGCGCCAGCCGCGCGAGCCCGCCUUCCGCGAGGAGCGUCUUGUGCGCCGCGCCCAGAGCGUUGCGCCGCCCGAGGAAGAGAUUGACGUCCGCACCCGAUUUGUUGAAAAGAUUCGCAGCCCCUCGGUUGCUCCCCGGCGCCGGUCUCCCUCGCCAGACAGGAACGUCCGAUAUGUUCAGCCGAACGACACCUCUGAGCACAUCCGCAUCAUUGAGAGAGAGCGUGAGCGUGAGCGAGUGCCCUCUCCGUCGCCCUCACCGCCACCGGCUCCUCCCGUGGUUCGCGGCCCCGUGAUUGAGCGUGAGGUCAUCACUCACUACACAGACAUUGACCAUGGCAUGAUUCAAGCCAGGCAGCCAUCCCCGCCUCCAGCGGCCCGCGCCCGGUCCCGCCCGAGAGAGCGCGAGACGCGCGAGACUGACAUUGACAUUGACAUUUCUCGGUCCAAGGGCCGCACCACUGGUGUCGAGGUUGACAUUCACCGGUCUGCCAGCCGCACUCGCUCCAAGAGCCGUGAGAGGCGCUCCAGCCGCUUUUAUGAUGACGACGUUGUCGUCCGCCGCGACCUCCAGAUUGAUGAGACCAGAAGCCGCCGGAGAGCUCACUCAGCUGCCGCGCGCCCUGUCGAGGAUGACGAGUCCGAGUACAUUACGUCCAAGGUCGAUGGCCGUGGACGCAUGGGCGAGGCUUGGGGAGGCGCUACCAAGGACUGGGCCAUUGUGGAUGUGCCGCCCGGAACUGAGCGGAUUCGCAUGGACGGUGUUGGCGGCGCCACCACCGAUACCACUUGGUCCAAGUACAGCGGCGUGAGGCGGACCAAGUUCGUCCCGGAGCGAGAGAGGGAGUUUAGAGAUGAUCUGUCCAACAGGGCGCCCUCGCCACCUCCUGCUCUCGGCCGCGAGCGUGUCAGCGUGUCCGUCCUCGACCGCGACCGUGAGAUUGACAUUGGAGUUGACAGGAGACAGCCCAAGGAUAUGUGGACUGAGAUCACCAAGGACUUGGUCAUCCGAGAGGCUAUCGAGGAGCUUGGCUAUGAAUAUGAGGAGACUGACAUGUUCUUCUACGUCAUGGACUACCUGAAAUAUGAUGAUGUUCUGAAAUUGACUGAGCUAUCUGAUGAUAUCCGACGAUCCAGGCGACAGCGCCAGCGCGACAGCAUCCGAAUUGAGCGAGAUUACUAUGAUGACAUUGACCGAAGGGCCUAUGACAGACGCCCAGCACCAUCAGCCCCUCGGCGAGAUGAGCGCGAGCGCGUCAGGGAGACGGAGGUCAUUUACGACCGUGCUCCCUCGGCUCGCUAUCGCUAAAUGACAUGGUGUUCCGUCACUUAAUUAAAACAUCUCAGCUGAAUCUACAACAACUUGGGAGAGGAUGAGAGAAGUUAAUCAAGUUUGCAUGUCAGAGAGCGAGUUAUCAUGAUGCAUCAUCUUUUGAGUGUUUUGGAUUCGGGGCUCUGUUACUUUUUGAAGAAAGGAAAUGAAGCUUGCUCAAAAGAGGAGGAGAAUGUAAAACGAGGAAGAUAUAAACAGGGUCAGCUGAGCGGUCGAGCAACGACGACGGAAACGCGGGCGAGAAGUUGGAUGGUUUAUCUUUUUUUCUCUGAUUCCACUUUUUGAUUUUCCUCAUGUCUAACGAUCGAUGAAUGUUUGAUGACGACUUGGGAGUUUUACAUUGACGAUUUGCUUUAUUCUAUUUUUAUCUUUUAUUUUUUCUUCUCACAUGUAAUGAAUAACGAAAAGGCAAAUAAAUAAAAAAUACUCUAUAUAAUA